ACUUGUUGUAAUCAAUACUUGUCAUUUGGAUAAUAAGAGCCCAUUUUGUUUACUGUAAGUGUGGUGACGAUAUAAAUUACAAUUUUACAUUUACGAUAACAUAUUAUUGGUGAUUAUCUGUGUAAGUGUAUAUUUUCAAGAAAGAAUUUUGAAACAGGGUCAAUAAAUAUGAAGGUGUUUUAUUUAUUAUCUAUAGUAUGCUUGGUAAGAGCAGGACCAGUGGACUUUGUGCAUGUUAAUAAAAAUGAAGUGAUGAACACUGCAUCACCACGAUUUUUUGAAAAUGUAAUUGAGGAACUUUUGGAGUCGGUCAGGGAGAUAAUAUUGAAUGGUAACGAAGACAUCCCAGUCCUGGAUCCGUUUGUUAUUGAUCACUUGGAUCUUGAUGAUGAGACUAUCCCUCUUCCAGGAGCACGAGUUACAAUUAACGACGGAACUGUGAAGAACUUGGGAACAUUCAUUAUUGACCAUUUACGGACCACUACUGUAGUCUUAGUUACUGUCAUAGAGCUGGAGGUCCAUAUACCCGUUAUUGAAGUUACCGCUGAUGAAUAUGACUUAUUUUUGCCUGUUAUGGAUCUUACCAUCUUUGGAAAAGGAGAUUUUAAUAUUCAGUUAGUGGAGCCGAGAGUAGAUAUCAACCUUAGAUACGCAGUAUUAUCGGGCGUAAGUGCCGAUGUCAAAGUCAGUCUUGGCUCGUUCGAGCCUCAAAUUAAUGGAUUAUUCUACGAUCAGGCGGCGAGUGAUUUUGUAAAUUUAGUCCUGAAGUUGCUUGUUGAGGAUCUUUUGGUAGAAUAUGAGGAUGACAUCAACACUUUUUUGAGUGACUUAGUGGGUGAAAUUCUUGCUGAUGUAUUACCAGGGCUCAUACCGUAUCGAGGUAUUAUUAACAAUCUUGGUUUGAACACUUACGCAGUAAAUUACGAGAAAUAAAACUGUUUUAUUGUUAAAUGAAUAUUGUAACUUUAAUUUUCAGAGUAUAUAAUAUUGUUAUAUAAGUUACAUGUUUUGUAGUGAGCCAGUCGUAUGUAAAUAUAAAAUGUCAUUAAAGUUUGUUUUCAAUAA